AUGGAACAUCCUUCCCAUGUGGAUGAAGAUGGGUAUACUAAAUUGAACUUUCACUCUCAAGGUGCUACCAGAAGGCCUGUGGGCCCAGAGAAGGGAGUCAUUCCCAGCAUUUGUCCUCAUUGGAUUGUACAUGAGAAGAGCUGUUACCUCUUUAGCCUUUCACUAGAUUCCUGGUGUGAACGUAAGAAAAGAUGUUCCCAGCUGGGAUCUUGUCUCCUGAAGAUAGACACCUUAAAAGAAUUCAAUUUUAUAGAAGGACAAAUGUCUUCCUAUCCUAUUAAUUCUUUCCAGAUUGGGCCUUCUCCCAAUCAGACUGAAAAAUUAUGUCUCUGGGACAAUGGAUCAACUUUCUUUUAUAACUUGUUUCAAAUCAGAAGCACAGCUACCCAGGAAAACACAACUCAUAACUGUGCAUGGAUUCAUAUGGGAAAUGCUUAUGACCAACCCUGCAAUAUUCCCUCCUUCCUUACCUGCAAAAAGUUGCUGUCAGGGGGAUGGGAUGGAGCAGAGAAGUAUUUGAGAUCAUAA